CAUUGGCUGCUGGGUUUGUGGCUGGCUGGCUGAAGCUGUCACUCCCCGGCCGUUUCCCUGAGGCCGGCGUUCUGCUGGGGGGCGGGAGGAAGAAGGGCCUGACCAGCCGUCGCUACCGUCGCGGUCUUCGCGGCUGCUAUGACCCUCGGGCGAGGCUGCCUGGUCAGCUCCACUAAACGCUAGUGGCGGCCGUGCGUCCGCCGUGGCCGUUUGGGUACCCAGCGCGGCCGCUCCCGCGGCUCCUUAAGCUCCUCCAGCACCGCCGGCUAGGCGAGGCAGAGGCAGGAUGAAGAUGAUGGUGGAUUUCGAGGAGUGUCUGAAGGACUCGCCCCGCUUCAGGGCUGCUUUGGAAGAAGUAGAAGGAGAUGUGGCAGAAUUAGAACUAAAACUUGAUAAGCUUGUGAAGCUUUGUAUUGUGAUGAUUGAUACUGGAAAAGCCUUUUGUGCUGCAAAUAAACAGUUCAUAAAUGGGAUUCGAGAUCUGGCACAAUAUUCUAGUAAUGAUGCUGUAGUUGAGACAAGUUUGACCAAGUUUUCUGACAGCCUUCAAGAAAUGAUAAAUUUUCAUACAAUUCUAUUUGACCAAACUCAGAGAUCAAUUAAGGCCCAGCUUCAGAACUUUGUUAAAGAAGAUCUUAGAAAAUUCAAAGAUGCCAAGAAGCAAUUUGAAAAAGUCAGUGAAGAAAAAGAAAAUGCAUUAGUAAAAAAUGCUCAAGUACAGAGAAACAAACAGCAUGAAGUUGAAGAAGCCACAAACAUUCUGACAGCAACAAGAAAAUGUUUUCGACACAUAGCCCUAGACUAUGUACUUCAGAUUAAUGUCCUUCAAUCAAAAAGAAGAUCAGAAAUCCUAAAAUCAAUGCUAUCCUUUAUGUAUGCCCACUUGGCCUUCUUUCAUCAAGGAUAUGAUCUAUUUAGUGAACUUGGGCCCUACAUGAAGGAUCUUGGCGCACAGUUGGAUCAACUGGUUGUGGAUGCAGCAAAAGAAAAAAGAGAGAUGGAGCAAAAACAUUCCACCAUUCAACAAAAGGAUUUCUCCAGUGAUGAUUCUAAGUUAGAAUAUAAUGUAGAUGCUGCCAAUGGCAUUGUAAUGGAGGGAUAUCUGUUCAAACGAGCCAGCAAUGCCUUCAAAACUUGGAACAGACGCUGGUUUUCAAUACAGAACAAUCAGUUGGUUUACCAGAAAAAGUUUAAGGAUAACCCCACUGUGGUAGUAGAAGAUCUACGGCUCUGCACAGUGAAACAUUGUGAAGACAUAGAACGGCGAUUCUGCUUUGAGGUGGUCUCUCCCACAAAAAGUUGCAUGCUUCAGGCAGAUUCUGAAAAAUUGCGCCAGGCGUGGAUUAAGGCUGUUCAAACCAGUAUUGCUACUGCUUAUAGAGAGAAGGGUGAUGAAUCAGAGAAGCUGGAUAAGAAAUCAUCCCCAUCCACAGGAAGCUUGGAUUCUGGAAAUGAGUCAAAAGAUAAAUUAUUGAAAGGAGAAAGUGCACUGCAGCGAGUCCAGUGUAUCCCUGGCAAUGCCAGCUGCUGUGACUGUGGCCUGGCAGACCCACGGUGGGCCAGCAUCAACCUGGGCAUCACCCUGUGUAUCGAGUGUUCUGGGAUUCAUCGGAGUCUUGGAGUUCAUUUUUCAAAAGUACGUUCUUUAACUUUAGACACCUGGGAGCCUGAACUUUUAAAGCUUAUGUGUGAGUUGGGGAAUGAUGUUAUCAAUCGAGUUUAUGAAGCUAAAGUGGAAAAAAUGGGAAUAAAGAAACCACAACCAGGACAAAGACAGGAGAAAGAGGCAUAUAUCAAAGCAAAAUAUGUGGAGAAGAAAUUUGUGGAUAAAUAUUCUGCAUCAUCAUCACCUCCUGAGCAGGAAAAAAAGAUUGUCUCCAGAAGUUGUGAAGAAAAGAGGCUAAGCAUUUCUAAACUUGGACCAGGUGACCAAAUGAAAGCAUCUCCCCAAAGUUCAGUCAAAAGUAAUGACAGUGGAAUCCAGCAGAGCUCUGAUGAUGGAAGAGAAUCUUUACCCUCCACAGUGUCAGCCAAUAGUUUAUAUGAGCCUGAGGGAGAAAGGCAAGAUUCUUCUGUGUUUCUUGACUCUAAACAUCUUAAUCCAGGACUCCAGCUUUAUAGGGCUUCAUAUGAAAAAAAUCUUCCUAAAAUGGCUGAAGCUUUGGCUCAUGAUGCAGAUGUGAACUGGGCUAAUUCGGAGGAAAACAAAGCAACGCCACUUAUUCAGGCUGUAUUAGGGGGCUCUUUGGUGACGUGUGAGUUCCUCCUACAGAAUGGUGCUAAUGUAAACCAAAGAGAUGUACAAGGGCGGGGACCACUGCACCAUGCCACCGUCUUAGGGCACACAGGGCAGGUAUGUUUAUUUCUAAAACGAGGUGCCAAUCAACAUGCCACUGAUGAAGAAGGGAAAGACCCUUUGAGUAUAGCCGUGGAAGCAGCCAAUGCUGAUAUAGUGACCUUGUUACGUUUAGCAAGAAUGAAUGAAGAGAUGCGGGAAUCAGAAGGACUUUAUGGACAGCCAGGUGAUGAAACUUACCAGGACAUUUUUCGUGAUUUUUCCCAAAUGGCAUCCAAUAAUCCAGAGAAACUAAAUCGUUUCCAGCAAGAUUCACAGAAAUUCUGAAUUUUUUUUAAGAAGGGGAAACUAUUAAAUCUUGUGACUUCCUAACGUAUACAUCUGAAAACUCACAAAUUUGUACUACUUUAAUUCUACUUAAUUUUAGUAGCUAUUGAGUGUUUUGAGGAAAAGGUAUCUAUUCAUUGAUACAAAGUAAAACAUAGAUCUUUACUAGUAGGAAGAGAAGCCUACUUUAGAACCUCAAGAAAGGAAAAAAUUCUGUUUAAAGGGCUGUUUUUAUAGCUAAAAGUUGUCUGUAGACUUUAUGUUACUAGAUCCUAAGAGUUAGGCAAAAAAUCUCUCUCUCUCUCUCUCUCUCUCUCUUUUUUUUUUGCUGGUGGAUGGUAGCAUUGAUUUUUCUUCUGUGCAUUGUGCCCUGUAUUAUUCAGUCAAGCCUGUCUUCAUCGAGUGGGAGCCAGCUGUCCUUCCUGUCUCAAGAAUACAGCUUUUUGGUAGUUUCCUGUAUGGUUUUGAGGGUUUCAGAAAUUGUUUUGUUUUCUUUUGGUAGCCCAGUUAUCAUACACACAAUAUGUAGUUUAGUUAUUAGAACCAAAGAGUAUGUUUCCCUCACUUGCUCAUAAAUGAGUUAUACUCCUUAGAUGUCUGGUUAUUGUCCAGUACUUCAACAUAUGUACAGUGGCUAUACAGGUAAAUAUAACUCAGCCCUUUAGAUUUAUUCUAUUUUAUGGAGCAAAAAGAAGCCCUUAAGUUUUUUUCUUCAAAGGAUUCUCAGUUAUAGAUUUUAUAGUUCUUUAUUGUUGAGUUGAUUUCCUAAAACCUUGACAAAUUUAUUGAUGUAAUAAAACUGUUUCAAAGAUUACUUGAAUGUUGCAAAAUUGUCUUCAUCAGAUUAUAACUUUGAAAGGAAAAGUUGAUUUAUAAAAUAAUGUAGAAUAUUUUUAUUUGAAAUUUGUCUUUUUCAAGAUAUAUUUUUGUUAUUGGUCCCUGUGAAAGAAAAAUCUUUUUGUAAAAGGAGAAAAAAAAUCAUGUUUUUCUUAGUUUUUACUAAAAUAUGGAAAUAUAUUACUUUUUAAUUUUUCCAACAUCUGUCUUAUGUACUUGUUGUACACUGUGUAAUUCUUUUAAAUUAUAGCAUUAUAUAGGUUUACAUUUGGUUUUAUGGAUCAUAAACCCUUGAAUUCCGAAAUACUGUAGAUAUAUUAAUUUACCAUGUAUAGGCUACAAAUUGGUCUGAUUCCAUCUUUGGUUGACAUAUCUCAUCAGGAAUAUAAAGUAAUUUAGUAAUUUUCCUCAUGGCUUCUUUCUAAUAUUGUCAACAGCUAGGUUUAAUCUUUUACAAGUUACAUGUGUUAUUAUUGAUACUCAGUUUCUAAAUAAAAGAGGUUUUUAAACUUGAGUAAUCAAAUAAGUAGAUAAAUAAUAUUUAAUUGCGUAGAUAAUAUAUUUUCUAACAGCCCCACCCCAGUAAUUAAGGUUUUAUAAAUUAAUUGAGCAUCAAAACAGAAUCUGUCUAAACAGGAAUUAUACUGAAAUAAAUUCAUAUCACAGAAAAGGUUCCAUGUUUGGCCAAAUUGCAUGCAUAUGAUACUUAUUUAGUAAUAAUCACUGCAUAUUAGAGAAGAAUUAAAACUAUAUUUAUUAAUUAUUUCUAAGGAAAUGCUAACUUCCAAAGCCUUGUAUUGUGAUUGAAACAAUGAACAGGAACAUUAAAUCUUUCCUCUUUCAAAUCAGAGUUAUAGAUGUAUAACAUUUUUAUAGACUAUACUUUGAAAUUAAUUUUUUAAAAAACUGAAGGAUAAGAAAAUACAUUGAAACAAAUGGAAGGGAGGAAAAGAGAGAGCUUUGUUUUUCUUUUUUAUCUCCUAUUCCUGUUUUAAUCUUAGUACUUUACUCCUAAAGCUUCUAAUCUUUGUCUGAGGAAGCCUAGGCAGUUUUCCUUUUGGAUCCAGCCAUUGGUGUAUCAGAAAACCUCUGGGAUCUCUGUGAAGGCAAUUUUUCAUGACACUCUUACCUCCUAUGGCUUGAGUCAUGGCUUGUUAACAUGACAGUAAUUAGUGUCUACUUAAAAUUAAUGGUUAGAGAUGUAUUUGAAGUACAUGAAAGAUGAUCAUGGUUCUGAAUAUCUUCAGAGAAUGCAAAAUCUUUAAUGGUACAGGGAGUCUGGUACUACAAAAAUACAUUUCUGUGUCUUGAUUUCUUGAAUAUGCUGAGACAUAAUUUGGAAUUAAAUUCAGCAGAAAUGAUACAGUAAACAUCAAGGCUGUAAAGUAUAACAGUUACAAAGUAGGUUGACUCUUACCAGGGUAAGUUUAGCUGUGUCAACUAACAGCUUUUCUAUAGUAUGUAACAAAUCUGAAUUGUAUUAUGCUAUAAAUCAUUCAGUGCAUUUUGAGAAAUUAUAGUGUAAACAAUGUUAAUCGUACUCUUGCGCUUCGUAGGUCAGUGUGAUUACCCUUUAUUUUCUUUCCCUAACUGAUCUGCUGAUAGUACUUUUUGGUUCCUCCUCAUUAUUCUUUUAGCUCAUAUCAUUAGCUCGUUAAUUUAAGUUAGAUUAAUAUUUGUACUAUGAAGAGUUGAUUGAGUGCAGUUUCAUGUUAAAACUAAACUAAAGGUAAUUGAGUAGUUAUUUGCAACUUUUCAAUGUAACACAUGUUUAAGAUUUGUAAGGUUUUAAAAAUUAGUUUUGGUGUACAGUCCUUAGAAAUUCAGGAUUUUCCAGGGAUUUGCUGCAUUACAGUGUUUGCCUAAUUUAUACUGGCCUUCAUUAUAGAUUUUAAUGAACUUUGGUAAUUUGCUUUCCAAAACAAAUAGAUUUAAUUUGGAAUAUGUAUUUUGGUUCUUCAUGAGUGCAUUUUGGAAAAAAAGAAUACCUUUACAAUCUGAACAAUUCAAAUUUGUGAUGCAUUAAGCAGUAUUUUAGAAAUAUAAUUUUAUACACAUAAAGUAUGGUUACAAUAAACCAAAUUGUAUUUAAGACUAAAUAUAGUACCCAUUUUGAAUAAUAAGACAUUCCCAUAUCACUCUUAGGGUGUCAAAUUAACUCUUUUGUUUCAUAGCACUUUUUAUCAUGGACAUGAGCUGGAAAAAUGAUGCUUUUAUAGAAUCAUUUGUUCAGAAUGACUUCAUGCCUGCAUGAUAUAGUAGAAAGAGCACUAACUAGUAAUUACUGUUCUUUUUGGAUUCAGGGUCCUCACAAAUAAAACAAGUGAGAUGAAACAAAGUGAAAAUAUGGCAGUGUCCCCUUAUAUGCUGUUCUGCCAUGCACAAUGUACUUUGACAUUACUUUGUCUUAUCUGGUUUCACGGUAGGAUGUCCCGUCUUACUCUAAGAGUGCCAACAUUGUCUCUCCUCUUGUUUUACCAAGGGAGUCACUUGGUUGCUGGUUGGUGACACAGUACUAGCACCCCUUCUGACUGCUAGUCGAAGGCACUUUCUUUGCAUUGUGAACUGAUUUGAAAUCAUUGUAAAGCACCAAAAUCUGAUAAUGACUGCCAGCUUUCCUUGUGUUUUUGAUAAAAACAAAAAAUAUGGAGAACCUGGAUAUAAAAUUAUCUUGAAGGAACAGAGUCAGAUUGAAAGACAUUAAAUUGUAGGAAAAUUUACAUUUUUGCAAUGACAAACAUUAAUGAGUACAACAGCACAAAAGUAAUUUUAAUUUACCAUGUACAGGCAUACCUCAUUUUAUUGCACAUUGCUUUAUUGGGCUUCACAGAUGUGUCUCUACAAAUUGAAGGCAAGACACUGCACCAGCAAAAAAGAUUAUGACUUGCUUUACUGCUGUACGUGCUUUAUUGUGGUGGUCUUGGAAACAAACCCACAAUAUCUCUGAGGUGCGCCUGGACUUACAAAUUUCUUGAUGAAAGACAACUGAAAUGGCUUGGGUUCAGUUUCAUUGAAUCCCAACAUAUACAAAUAUGAUUUUGUGGUCAUCAUUUUUUGUUUACAUAAAUUUACCUACUUAAAAUGAGAUAAUGGUGGGAGGGAAGCAGGGUUUGAUUAAAUAAACUUUUCUCUUUAUUGGUCUUUGCACUGUUUUAUGUUAUACAUGUCCUUAUUUUUGCUCAAGACCCCUGCCCAUAUUUUGGAUAUUAAUUUUAAACAGGGAAAGCUUGCUACAUUAUAAAGAUUAUUGACAUCAUUUAUUUUACACAAAGGCUUAAAGCUUAACUUUCAGAAAUGAUGAGUUAACUUUUCUAUAUGUGUUUACUUCUGCUUUGUGGAAUUUUGGGAUCAUUCCAGUCAUAAAGACAUUACAUGUAAUAUUUUUGCUACCUAUGAAAAGGUAUAUUUUAAAGAAUGUAUAACCAACACAUUUACUUAUUAUUAGUAUGUAGAGGAUUUGUAUCUAAUUCAUGAAUGUCGUUUUACUGUAGUUUGUCAUUGUAAAUGGAACAAAGUACAUUGUAGUUAUUCUAAAAUGUACAUUAUGUAAGAAUUGUAAAUAUUACACUUGAUUAAAUACUUUGUAUGCUGAAAAAAUUAUAAGUCAAUAAAAAUUUCUAGCAUAGUUCUUUUAUACUCAGAUUUUCACUUUAUUGUAAACUACAACUGUAGAUGUGUCUGUCAUGUUUAAGGUCCUGUUUUCCUUUCCACCCCUGUCGGAUUCAUCCAUGUCACUCCUAUUUCCUGAUUGCUUCAAUAAGGAAAUCCAUUUUGGUCUUUCAGAAAUUUUCUUCUGCCUGAUCACAGAGUUGUAUGGCUCCAAAUUCAUUAAAUAAAAACCACAAAGGUUU